AUGCUCCGUAUAACCAAACCGGAUGCUGCCUCCGCGGCCAAUUCUGGCAAUGUCGGCCCGGUGACCUCGCUGGUCGCAGUUCCAUCGGCAGCAUCAGUGGCGGUAACUGGUCAAACACCUCAGGCUAUGACCAUUACACCUACUGUAACUAGUGCCGGUGGAGGUUUUCUCAUUCAUCAUCCGUCUGGUGCCAUUAUGGCCACCCAGCAAUCCCAUACACCAGCACAGCAAUCGCAUCUGCCCAGCGGGAACAAUCAUCAGCAGCACCAUCAUCAUCAGCAACACAUACAACAGCAGCAACAUACAAAUGCAGACAGUGAAGAUAAGAGCGGUAUUAUUCAGCAACAACAACAGCAACAUUCACAGCAGAUAGUUAUGGGAGAGAUAAUAGAUUACAAGGAUGCAUCCAUAAUCAAUUCGGGAGGUGGUGCUCUAAGAGGAGAUAAUCAUCACAACUAUGCGGCUGCCAAUGCAAUUGUAGUCAGUGAAAGUGGUGAAUAUCAGCAUAUUUAUCAGCAGAGAAUGAUCCAGCAGCCGCCUGUCGCACCUAGUGGAUCAGGUGAAUAUACCCCGGGGCGGCAGCCUGAACUGCCCACGUUGAUUAAGAAUGAAACCUUGUAA